AUGUUUGCCAACGACCGGCUUCAGAUCGCGCUGAACCUGCUGCUGUGGGGAGAAGCGGCCAACCUCAGGCUUUGCCCGGAAUUCUUGUGCUGGGCGUACCACAAGAGCGCCAAACGCUUGAGGGAUGCCAUCGGGGACAGGGCUCCGGAGCAGUUCAUCAGGCACGCAGCCUACGACAGACUCUUACAGCGGCAGUUAGGCAGCACUAGGGAAUCGGCUCCGCAGGGUAUCCGGUCCUACCUCAAGGAAGUGAUCCAGCCUUGCUACCUGACGCUGGCGGAGCAGUACGAGGACCGCAAGGCCGGGUCUCGGCCGUACCUGGUGAAGAACUACGACGACUUUAACGAGACGUUCUGGCAGAGGAGCUGCCUGGGCCUGGACGUGGUGGGGCUGACGCAAGACGCCGUGAGGAGGAAGUUUACCAAGACGUUCGUCGAGAGGCAGUCGUGGUUGGUGCCGAUGGUGAGCCAAACGGGGCACAGGGGGGGGGGGGGUGCUCGUGUCUUGCAUGCCUUCGCGGGUGGACCUCGCGUCCUCGACAGGACGGACGGGAACUCAUCUUUGCGCAUGCCGUAG